AUGGAAUACCUCAAGGAUAAGUCCGAAUACUUUGAUCUUGACGCCGACUUCAAGCCUUUGCCUAAGUAUGGCCAUCUAUCGGAAAAAACACCCGAGUAUACAGCAGUUGAGUCGGCCAUCGAUGCUGCAUACACGCCACUUUGGGCAAUGCCCAAUUUCGAGGCCUUCCGACAGGCUGCGGGCGACCUGGACGCCGUUAUGCCCCCUGGUGGGCCUGAUCGGUAUCGCGAUGUUACCACAGAGCUGCUACAAUUUCCUGCCCGCGACGGCUACUUAAACGAAUUAAAAAUCUACAAGUCUCCUAAUGUUGUGCCAGAAGCGACUCUAGUAUAUCGCAUGCACGGCGGUGGCUUUGCGGUCGGGCGACACGAGGUAGACGGUACCGAGAAUGUUUAUGCGGCUACAAAUCCCAACAUUGUUGUUGUUAGUGUAGAUUACCGACUAGCGCCUGAGUUUCCCUUUCCGAGGCCAGUUGAAGAUUGCUACGAUGGAUUGUUAUGGUGUAAAAAGAACGGGAAAACUCUCGGAAUCAAUCCCGAGAAAAUAAUUCUUGCCGGGAGCAGCGCGGGAGGCAAUCUCGCUCCAGUCAUGGCUAUAAUGGCUAGGGAAAAUGGCAUUACCGGUAUCAUCGCUCAAGUCCUUCACUUCCCCACAGUCUGUCAUCCCAAGUUCUUCCCGCGGGAUAAAUAUGAAUACGGCAGUUACAUUCAAAACUCAGAAAAUCCUGUUCUUAGCACCCUAAGGAUGGAAGCUUUCCUUAGAGCUUAUAAUCCUAAUCCUAGACCUGACUAUAGGCAGUCACCUCUACUUGCAGAAUCACUUACGAAUCUUCCGCCAGCGUGUUAUGAUAUUCUCCGGGAUGAUGCUUUCGCAUAUGCCGAAGCUCUUAAGGCUGCGAAUGUUGACGUUGAGAUAUACGGUUAUCAAGGUGUACCGCACUGUUUUCCUGCAGUCAUCCCGACCCAUCCUAACACACCGGUAUUCUACAAGAGGUUUAACAGUUUCUUAACGAAGCAUGCCACUGGUUCCGGUCAUGGGAAAUGA